AUGAAACAUGUGCAAAACGUGCAACUGAUCCUCCUGUUGUGCAUUCUUACGCUUCUACUUAGCCAAAACAGAAGUGGCGUCAAUAACGUGGGGGUGAAAAAGCGCAGAUCGGAUUUUGCCCCACACGGGAGUAGAACUGGACGGGAAAGAGGAAGAGCCAAGUCUAAGUGGUCAGAGAAAAAGACGCUGUUUCUGUACCUCCCAAAUCGGAACCCGUGGAAAAAAAACGUACGAAGCACACGUGAAUGGGAAGACAGACUGAGGGGAAGAGACUUGGACAGGGGGAGCAAGACGAAGCAACUUUUUUUCGAGAGGAACGGAAUAAACGUCCCACAAGAUGUUGCCAUGUUUGGAAAGACCAAUGUAUACUAUGUGAGGGAGAGCGUGUACGAUCGGGGCAAAAAUAAUUUAGUGCCAAAUGAGGUGCACUCUGAGGAUAUUGAGGAGUUAGAAGAGGAGAAGGAUGUCAUGGGGGAGAGAAAUGACAACGGCGCAGUGGAUGGGGGAGACAGGGGCGACGAGGAAGCCACCUUGGUGGACUCGAAAAAUGCGAUGGACGCGGAUGGGUGCAGAGUGGGAGGAGGCGAAAAGGGAAAGGCCCAAAUGGGAGGGACCCAAACGGCAGAGGCUGAGACGGGCCCCCCCGGCGCCAAACAAAACGUCUUCCAAUACAUCAAUCAGGAGCGAGACUACAUCGCGCGAGUGGGGAACUCGCCCAAGGUGGAUGUCUACGAACGGAGGUACAGAGCAGACGAGCAAACGCUGCAACGCAUGUUCGAAAAUAUCAAUGAAGUGAACAUACAGCUGCUUAAAGACGUCAAGAGCAUAGACGAGAAGGAAAAACUCAUAAAUAAGAGGGUGAUACAAAAAGUGAGGGAAGACAUUAAAAGGUACCAGGAAACGGACGAAAUUAUGGACAUCCAUGGGAAUAUUGUCCGCCCGUCUGAGGCUUCUCCCUCCAGAAUUAGCGGCAGAGGAAAAGGGAAGGAUGACGGGAAACAGAAAAAUGACCUGGAUGCAGACAUGGACGAAGAGGAAAAAAAUGAAGUCAUCAAAAAGAUGUACAUGCUUGAGAAGAAGACGGAUAAAUAUUUAGAAGAAAAUAUCUACCUGGUAAUACAGACGUGGUUGCCCGACAUGCGAAUCGACGACACGCUCAUCAUAAUCGACAACGUAGAGAAAUUUUACAACAAUUUUGACAUAAAUACAUAUCAUGAAAAAUUCAAAGAAGCAAAGGAGAAAAAUUUUACUUACGACUUGGAUUCUCACAUAAUUGAAAAUGUCCCAAAUGAUAUCAAUGAUGAUCCGCAAGCGGAGUGUGAACAGAUCAACUCGUAUAACAGUACGUACAACAAAUUAAACAAUUACAAUUUGAAGAGGUACACUUAUACAUACACGACGAAUGACAAUAUGGAUACAAAAUUUACGAAGAAUGAGCCGAUGCCUCCUGUUGUUAUAAUUAAUACGAAGAAAAAUUUGAUGAUCCAAGAAUGGGAAUGCAAAAAUUUCAAAAAUAGGCAGAAAAGAAACAAAUCUCGAGAAUAUACGAGAAUCCAGAGGGCAUUUCGACCCUUUUCCUAUGUUGACCUCAGUGAUAUAACAUGCAUUUAUAGAAAUAAUUUUCUCCAAUUGAAAAUGAAAAUGUCCCAUCGGAAAUAUAAAGAUGAUGUGUACCCCUUUUUUGUUCCCAUUAAUAAAACCCCGGAUGAAUUGCUCGAUUUCCAGGGAUAUAAAAAAAAUGGCGAUUACGCUUGGUCCUUUUUUUGGCACCAUUUUAAAUAUGACCAGGACACGGACUACGGCUUCCUCAACAGAAACGUAAAACUCAACUUGACGGAGACGAAAUUUGAAAACGUCAACAAGAAGAAGUGCAAGAAGAUUAUGCGAAAAAUUUUGAAAGAAACCAAGGGGGUUUAA